AGCCCGGGGAUGAGGGGUGUCGGUACCGGGGGGGCCCGGCUCUCGGUGUGCAGCCUCGGCGAUGCGGGGUGUCGAUGCGGGGAGGGGGCCCGGCUCUCGGUGCGCACCCGGUCGGGGGGGCGGUGGCGCGUGCCCGCAGCUGUAUGCUAAUGCCCAGCGGGCCGCCCCGCCCCGCCUGUCCCACCGGGAGGCCGGGGGGGCUGCUCUGGGGGAGCGGCCCCACGACCCCCCCGCGGCCCGCCCGGCUCGCUGACGGGUGCCCGGGAGAGCGGUGGCCCCCGGUGCCGCCCGCCCCCCCCGCCCCUUUGUGCCGCCCGCCGGAGGGUCGCGCAGCUUUAUGCUAAUGAGGCGCACAAAGGCGGCCGCGGGGGGGCCGGCCCUCGCUCGCGUGCCGCCCGCGUGCCCCGCCGCCCCCCACAAAGGCGCUCGGUGCCCGGGGGGAGAGCGCUCCCCCCGCCGCCACCUGCCACGCGCGGAGCUCCCGCGCAAAUCCCCGCGUGGGCCGGCGCGCGGCCCCGCGGACAAAGGGUUAAAGGGGAGUGGGGCCCCGGCCCGGUGCUCGCCCCGCAGCGGCUCCGGCGGCUGCACCUGCCGCCGCGCUGCCCUUCCCGCACGCAGUCCCCCGGGCGCCGCCAACGCCACCCGCGGCAGCGCCCGGCGUAUCCUCCGCAUCUCUGCUCGUCUGCUGCUUUGGCUUUUCCCCCUCCUGUGGCGUGCGGGGAAAUGGGGAACGGGGCUGACCCCAACGGCAGCUUGCGUCGCCUUGCACCGACCGCCGAACGUUUCGGGCAGAAACCGAGAGCCCUUCCGCGGCUGUGCCGUGGAGCCAGGCCGAGCUCGGGGCUGCCGCCGGGCCGCACCCGCGGCGCCGCGGGGAGCACGGCCGGGGGGUGUUGCGGAGUGGAGGGCAUGGCGUAACAGGUUACUGGCGGCGGCUGAGCGACCCCGCUCGGUCCUGGCCGCGGAGCCCCGCGGUAGCGUGCGGUGGGUUCCCGUCACAAAGGUGGCGGGGCACGGCGCCGGCUUUGGACCCGUUCGUUAUCCUUCCCCACUUGCAUAGACCGCUCUCGUAGCACCUGAUGCCGGCGGCGGACAAAACCAACGGGCUGCCCCGGCACCGUGCCGAUGCGGGGCGCUCCCGGCGGGCAGCGUCCCUGCGCCGGCAGCCGCCACAAAAGCGACUUUCUCGUCCUCCGGCGCCAAGUUUCCUUCUCCUCGCACCCGGUGCCGGCCUUUCUGCGCCGGGGCCGGGGGCGGGCGCGGAGCCGCCGCCGGUCCCGCUGCCCCGAGCGCUCGGCACGGGCCCGGCACGGGCGGGGGGCGGCGCCCGCCCCGGGGCGGCACACAAAGGCCCCGCGUGCCGGGCGGCGCGGGGCGCGGAGCGUGCGGGGGGCGGGGCCGGGCGUGUGCCGCCGCGGGCGGGGGGCUCAGGUGCACCCGCUCCGCCCGCCGCCGCCGCCCGCCGCGCCGCCGCUGAUUGGCCCGGCCCGCCGCCGCCGGCCCAAACAAUGGCCCCGGCCCGCUUAAAGGCGGCGGCGGCCGCGCCGCGGGCAGACCGAGCAGCGUGCGCCGCGGCCGCCGCCGGCGCGGAGGCGGCGCGAAGAUGCCCCGGGGCUUCCUGGUGAAGCGCAGCCGGCGGCCCACCCCCGCCUCGUACCGGGCGCGCUGCUGCCGCGAGGCCGCCGCCGGCCCGCCGCUCCCCGCCGGCGGCUCCCCGCUGCCCGCCUGCCCCGCCGCGCCGCCGCCGCCCCCGCCGCGGGAGUCGCCGCCCGUGCCCUUCGGGACGCCCGAUGCCGCCGUGCAGGCGCUGUACAGCCCCACGCGGCCCGUCAGCAGGGACAAGUACCUGGAGCGCGGCUUCAGCCUGGGCUCGCCCGUCUCGGCCGAGUCCUUCCCCGCGCCCGCCGUGCCCGGCACCAUGGACCCGCUCCUCUUCGCCCCGGCCGACCUCAAGCUCUGGGCCGCCGCCGGCCACGCCGAGCCGCCCGCCGCUCCCGGCGGAGCCCCCGCGCCGCCCGCCCCGGCCGCGCCGCCCGCCUCGGGCCGCCCGCCGCCCGCCAAGCGCCCGCCGGGCAGCGCGGAGCCCGGCCGGCAGAAGGCCCCGUCGGGCAAGAAGGCGAAGGCGAUCCGCAAGCUGACCUUCGAGGACGAGGUGACCACGUCGCCCGUGCUGGGGCUGCGCAUCAAGGAGGGGCCGGUGGAGGCGCCGGCCAAGGCGCGGGGCGGCUGCGCCCGGCCGCUGGGCGAGUUCAUCUGCCAGCUCUGCAAGGAGGAGUACGGGGACCCCUUCGCGCUGGCGCAGCACCGCUGCUCCCGCAUCGUCCGGGUGGAGUACCGCUGCCCCGAGUGCGACAAGGUCUUCUCCUGCCCCGCCAACCUCGCCUCCCACCGCCGCUGGCACAAGCCGCGCCCGCCCGCCGCCAAGGGCGGCCCCGAGGCGGGCAGGGCGCCGGCCGACGAGCCGCCGAAGGAGGCGGGCGGCAGCGGCAGCGAGCGGGACACGCCGAGCCCCGGCGGCGCCUCGGAGGCGGGCUCCGAGGAGGGGCUGUUCGAGUGCCCCCGCUGCGCCAAGCGGUUCCGCCGGCAGGCCUACCUGCGCAAGCACCUGCUGAGCCACCCGGCGCCCGAGCCCGCUGCCGAGGAGCCGCCCGCGCCGCCCGCCGAGUGCCGCCUCUGCCCCGUGUGCGGGGAGACCUUCCCCAGCAAGAGCAGCCAGGAGCGGCACCUGCGCCUGCUGCAUGCCGCACAGGUCUUCCCCUGCAAGUACUGCCCGGCCACCUUCUACAGCUCGCCCGGCCUCACCCGGCACAUCAACAAGUGCCACCCGUCCGAGAACCGGCAGGUGAUCCUGCUGCAGGUGCCGCUGCGCCCCGCCUGCUGAGCCGCCCGUGCCUUCCCGGGCGUCCCGGGCCACAACCUUAGCUUUAAUACGGCUUGUGAACUGCUGGAAUCUGGCUUUACAUUUACCUUUCUGGGGUCUUUCUCUCUCUUUUGUUUUGUUUUGUUUUGUUCGUUCUUUUCGUUUUUAUAAAUGUGAACAGAUCAAACUGCUUGAGGAGAAAUGAGAAUUUCCUUUAGUAUAGCCACAAAUGCCUUGACUCUGCUGUUGAUGGUCUCCAGAAAAUGCUGUAGAAACUGCCUUAACUGUGACAUGCCAACUUUCUGUUCAUGUUUGUUUUGCCCUUCCCGAGGUAGCUCAUGAGUUGACUAUCUGUAUAUGUUGGUUUGAGUAAUUAUGUUAUUUAUUCGUUAUUUAUUUAUUUUAAUUAUGAAGAUUGAUAUUAUUUGAUCGCAGAUACUCUAAUGUGCUUUUCUCGUCUCCCCCGCCUGCCAUUUCACUGUGCGUUUUAGAAGAUCUUUUUUUCUAAAGGGAUCUGCUAAAAAGGUUUUAACUUUUAUACCUAGAAUAACACACGAUCUUACCCAUUUAUCCCGUGCAACUGACAGCUCUUACUUUUAGAUGCAAUCUCUUUUUCUACACACAUUAUUUUCUUAACUGUUAGCUAUUUAUAGAGUGCUUCGAUAGAACUGUUUCAACUGUAUAAUUAUUUACUAUUCAAAUAAAAUAUUUUCAAAUUCGA